AUGCAGAGAUCAUACCAAGAACAAGUGAAUUAAAAGGAUUACUAGCAUAAAUUAUAUUUCAAAAAUGGUUAUCCUUAGAAUUAACAAUUUAAGAGAGAUCCAAAUUAAAUGCUUAGAGGAUUAGUAAAAAAUACAUAAAAAUAAUUAGGUAGUAAAAACAUGCUUACUUCACUUUAUUGAUUGGUUGAAAUAAGGAUUUAAUCUAUGGCUAUUUGUUGUAAUUAUUCUAUCAGCCAGUUUCAGAGCUGAUUAAUAGUUAUUUAUUUGUAUAAUUUAAUUGGCAGGAAAUCUAUUCAUGUCAUCUUAUAAGCUUUAUCAAUAAAUUUGUAAGGCUUUGAGAUAAGUAAAUGAAUAUUUCAAUUAAACUGUAUAUGUGAUUGGAUGGGAUCCGAAAUGCCAUAUCAGUAAAUGCCCUAAAAGGAAUGUGACAGUAGGAAAUUUAAUUUUCUUAAAGAGACAUCAGCCAAGUCCUAUGAGCAUACUAAUUUUGAAUUCAUAAGAAGAGAAAUUCAUGGUGUAAACUUCUGAGAAAGAAGGAAUGACUCAUAUGACAUAAAAAUAGUCAAUAAAAUUAACAUCUACUUCUGAUUAAUAAAAAAAUCAAACUUUAAUCUAUUAUAAGAGAAUAAUGACAGGUAAAAUAGAAUUUGAUCAAUUGGAUACAAAUGACAAUUAAUUCAGAGGUUUCAUUAAGUUAUAAAAAGAUCCAAAGGGUGAAUAUUUGGAUUAUAGAAAUAUAGUAAAUUAAAGUAAUAUGAUAAUCAAUACAGAUUGGGUAGUGGGUAUAGUUAUUAGUCAUGAUGAUGAAGAUGUAAUAAAAAUGUGGCAUAAUUGUUUUAAGAAAUCUACAACUCAUUUUGAUAGAUAUUUAAUGAAAUUUUCUCGAAUUUUUAGUCUAUUAUAUUUUAUAUAAUUGGCAUUUUGCAUAACUAUAAUAAUUAGAUUUUAAAAGAUUCCAUAGGAUUUUACAAUAUAUAAUACUUUAUGUAGAAUAUUUUAGAGUAUAACAUUUGUUCAUCCUUGUAUAAUAACUGGAUUAUGUGAAUUAACAUUUUAAUUUUUCAAUAAUAUCUUUGAGAAGAAUAAAAACAUAAUAAUAUCACAUUCAUCAGAAUUAUUAACUUUGACUAAGAUAGAUCAUUGUAUUUAUGAUAAAACUGGCACUUUAACAAAUACAAAUACGGUCCUUUGUGGAGUUAUUUGUGGUGUUUACUUUUAUAAUCUUAUAAAUGGAGAAGGUAUUAGAAGUUCAACAAAGAAAUAUAGAAAAUUAAUGACUACAUAACAUUAACAUAAUAACAUGUAAGAAAUACAAGAGGAAUAAGAAGAAUAAGAUGAAAAUAAUUUAGGUAUAGGAUCUAUAUAGAAGAGUGAAAGAAUGAUUUAAAAUCCUGGAAGUCAUCAUUCAGUAAAAAGUAGAUUAUAAUCAUAUCCUGAUGAGGCAAUUAGUUUUAAUUAGGAUGAUGCAGUCUUUAAUGAAGAGGAACCAGAAUCAAGAAACAUGGUUUUCAAUUUCAAUCCUCAUUUUAUUAGGUAACCAGAAUAAAUAAGAAUACAAAAUGCUUAAAGUGUAGAUGAAGAGAUCUCAUCACCAGAGAAACCAAUAUAAGGUAAGAGAAAUAAUAGAAGAACCUUUAACAAUAAUAGUAGAUUGAUAACAAAAACUAGAAGGGAACCCAGAAUUGUAGAAAGAAAUUUAGAGUAAACAUAAGAAGCUGGUAAUGGAUCUUUAUUAUCCCCUUCUCCAGUAACUUCUUAAAAAGAUAUUAGAAAAGAAGUAAAAUUAUGUGAAUCUUAAAUUAAUGAAGAUGAAUAAUAAUAAUUAUCUGACAGUGAUAGUGAAGAUUAAGAUUAAGAAGGAAGAAAAGAUUUAUAAGAAAUAAUUAGAUUAGGAGAGAAAUAGGCAGACAAUUUUAUGAGAUCUUUGAUUUUAUGUUAAGAUGUUAAAACCAAAUAUUCAAAACCUUAAAAUAAACCUAAUCGAGAUAAAAGUAGCUAAAUGAUGGGUAUUUCUGGUAUUAUGAAUGAACAUCCUAGUAUGAAUCCUUAAAAUUUUUUGAAUGAAAAUACAGAAGAAUAUUAGGAAUCUGUAAUUAAAUUUGCAAAGUAAUAUCAAUUUGAAUUUAAUUGUGCAGGUUUAUUAAAUAAAAGAAUUUGUUAUGAAAUUAGUGCAAAAGGUUUAAGUGAACGAUAUUUAGUAUAUAAAAAAGUAAGUGAUAAUGAGACAUUUGCUAUUUUUAUGAAACCUAUUUAACAAAGAUUAAGGAAUUAAGGAGCUUAAUAUGACAGAUAAGGAACAGAAAGAAGUUAAAAAGGAGCUUAAUUAAAAUUGUAUGUUAAAAGUGAAAAUCUAGGUCUUUUAGAUAAGUGUAAAUUAUCAUAAAAAAAGAGAGUAAAUUUGGAAAAGCAGAUAACUCAUUAAGCUCAAUCUGGAUAUAGAUUUAUUGUAUAUGCUGGUAAAGAUGUGCCUGAAGAAGCAGUCAAAAAUAAAAACAAAUAUUAAGAAGUUACAUUUGAUACUAUGGAAAUGACACAUCAUGAUAAAGAACUUAUUAGAGAUUUAGAUUAUUAUGGAUUAAUUUGUUUAAAAGAAGAUCAAAAUCCAGGAGCUUAUGCUUAAGUUAAGACAUUUAAAAAUCUAGGUAUUUCUUAAUGGAUUUUAAGUGGAGACAAAAAGAUGUAAACACUUUCUGCUGCUAAUCAAGUUGGUAUUGUCAAUAAUAAUAAUACUUUAUUAAGAAUUGAUGAAUAAGAUGAAGAUAAAUUAAAAUUAUAAAUUAAAUCUUAAUUGUUAUUUAUUAGAAAACAACUAUUAAAAGAAGAUGAAAGUCAAUAAAAUGAAUAAACUAAAUCAUUUAUUAGUUAAAAAUCAUUUUCUGAAAUGAAAAGAAGUGGUAUUUCUAAAAAAGCUACAUUUGAUGAAAAUAUGAUUUUGAAAUCAAAGAAAGGAGAAGAACCUUUAUAAAAAGUAUUUCUAUUAGUUAAUGGAAAAUCUAUCAAACCUAUUUUUAGUGAUGAUUACACAAAAAGCCAUUUUCUAUUUAUUGCUUUAAUUCUUAAAACUGUAAUUGCUUAUGAUUGUUCUUCUGCAGAUAAAGAAUUGAUUACAAAAGCAGUUGCUAAGAUUAUGGAACCUAGUAAUACACUUUUAACUAUUUCAGAUUCAGUUGAUGAUUUUAAUAUGAAUUCACAUGCAAAUGCUUCUAUUUAAUUUUCAAGAGAAAAAAGAUCAUUAAAAAUAGCUUAUUAAAAUAUUUAAGUAAAUGAUUUAUAGCACAUUAAAUAAUUAGUAUUAUAUUUUGCCAAAAUACUUCCUAUGCAUCUUAGUUAAUUAACUGUUAUGUGUACAAAAAUAAGUUUAUAUUAAUUAAUCAUAUUCACUUUAUUUGUUUGUGUGAGAAGAACACUUUAUAUAGAAGAACAUGUAGUAUAUUUAUUAGCACUUCAAAUUCAUAUAAUUAUUAAUGGUUUACUACCUUCAUUUGAAGAUAGAUCAAGUCAUGAAUAGAUAGAAUUAAUGUUACCUUAAUAUUAACCUUAAGCUUACAAAUGCUUUAAAUCUAAUUUUAGAUGGUUAUAAGAAUUAUUUUAUGAAGUAGUUAUUUCAGCAGCUUUAACUGGAUUUAUGAAUACAUAUAUAUUUGCAGAGUUUAUGAUGUUUUUUACAUCUGAUCCUAAUAAUCUUGCCCAUUUGAUGUUUUUAUUUUAACUAUUUUGUGUUUUUGCUUUUGGUACUUCUUAAAUGAUUCAUCUUAAUGUUCCAUUUGGAAAGAUAAUUUGGAAUUUUAUUAUCACUUUGGGUUUAUUAACAAUUUCAUUUGCUAUAGUUGUAGAAUCUGAUUAACGAGUUUAAAUUAUUAGGAAUAUAUUUAAAUGGCAAUUUAUUAUUGGCAUACUUACAGGAGUAGUUAUUAUCAUCACAAUUGAUUAAAUUAUAAAAUAAACAAGAGAUAUAAUGUUUACUCCAAGAAUAAUAUUAAAUUUUGUUAAAUAUAUGGAGAAUGCAAUGAAAAAUUAAUCAGGUAAAAUUGUAUAAGAAUCUGUAAAAUAAUUUUCAAUGUUAAAUCAUAUUAAAAUAAAUAGAUAAUUCUUUAGAAAAAUAAAAAAAGUAUUUGAGAAUGUAUCAAUAGAUCCUUUUAUUAGAUCUUUAUUUGAAAGCGAAAAAACUUAAUCAUUUAAUGGUGAAUAUUCUAAAAUAUCACUUGUAUUCAAGAAUCAUAAUUAUGAAAAAUAAUUUAGAUAAUUCAAAGUUUAAUAUUAUUAUUAAUAAAGAAGAGUAGUAGUUUUAUUUCUUUUUAUUGUUUUACGAGUUAGUAGUGUAAUUGCAUGGCCUCCAUUUUUGACAGUUGAAGACACAGUUCUCAAUAUCCUAUGGGCAAUAUUUAUGGUCAUUUGGAUUUUAAUACUAUUUGUUACUAAAAUAGUUGAAAAGAAAUAAGUAGAUUUAGCUGCAUUUCAAAUAAAAUGGGGUACAAUUGAAGCAUAUUUCUUUAUUCCAGUAGUCUUGAUUUUGGAUCAUUUUUUAAGUGUCACACUUCCAGAAGAUAAGAGCUAAUAUUAUUUUAGCACUUUUGGAUAAUUAUUAUAUUAAUAGUUUUUGGCCUGGGAUAUCUUUCCUCCACCUUUAUAUUAUCCAAUAAUUUUAACAUUAAUAUUUUUUAUAAAUUACAGUAUAAGAGUUGCAAAUUUUUAUGAUAUUUAGGUGAAUUCAGAUUCAGAGACACCCACAUUUAGAGUAGAAUUUAUAACUUUAUAUGUUCUAUUGUUCUUUUUGAACUUGUUAUCAAAUUAUACUCACUAUAAUGUAAAAAAUAAUAUAAUUUUAGUUUUAACGAUUUUAAAGAUUAGUGUUUUUAUUUGACUAAGCUUUAUAAACAUAAUAAGAAUAGACUAAUUAGAUCUUGAAAUCUUUAUUGCCUGCAUUUAUAUAUGAAAAGAUUGAAUAAUCAGAAGAAACUGAAAUAGAAGAAAAUUAAGGAUCGGUAUCAAUAAUAUUUUUAGAAAUAUGUGAAUUUGAUAAAAUUCUUUAAUCUAAACAACGAUAAGUUGUAACAUUUUUAGAUGACAUUUUUAGAGUCUUAGAUAAAAUAUGUUUAUAAUAUGGAGUGUAAAAGAUUGAAACAGUUGGUAAGACUUACAUGGCAUGUUCAGGGUUGAAAUCAACAGAAAUAGAAAAUAAUAAAGAUGGAUUAAAUCAAUAAAAGAAGAAUGAAACAGCAAUAGCAUUAGAAUUAUCAUUAGAUUUCUUAAAAGCAGUGUCUGAAUUUAGAUAUGAAUACAAAGAUUAAGAUGUUGUUAAAUUGUUCAAAUUAAAAAUCAAAAUUGGAAUCCAUUAUGGAUAAGUUAUUGCAGGUGUAAUAGGAUAUCAUAAACCUUAAUUUUCAUUGAUUGGAGAUACAGUCAAUACAGCAUCACGAAUGUGCUCAACUGGAUAAGUAGGUAGAAUAACAAUAUCAAAUGAAGCUUAUGAACGAGUAAAGGAUACUGAAUUUCUUUUUACAACUAGAGAAGUGGAAGCUAAAGGAAAAGGUAAGUUGACUGUUCAUUAGGUGGCUUAAAGGAAAUUAUAGGUUAAAAAACAUAAUUCAUAAGUGAGAUUUUAUGAAGGUUAGAAAAAUGGAAGAUUACUUAGUUUUAGAACUCAUUUAACAAAUAAUAUUAGAUCUACUUAAUUAAAGUAAACAUAUAAAGAUGUCUCUCCUCCAUCUUCAGUAAAUGAACAUUUAACAACAAAAGAAUAUGGUCGUAGAUCUAAAAUAAUGAAUCAUCCUAUGUAAGGAUCUUAAUUAGUAAAAAUUACAAGGAAGAAUAAAGGAGCUGAACCUACAAGGGGAAUGAGAAAGGGAACUAUUAAAGAAGAAUUCACAUCUAUGAGUGAAAGUGUAUGGAGAGAAAGGAAGUCUAAAUCUUAAGUUAUUUAAAGAACUGAUUAUAAUACAAAUGAUUGGGAAGAGACAAAAGAAGAUGAAAUUUAAAUGAAAUAAGUAGAAAAAGAUCCUGAAAACAGAAUUAUUGGAGUUUCUGAUAAUGAUAUUGAUGGUCCUGAAUAAGAAGUCAAAAGUGAAAGAGUAAAAAAAGUCAUGGAUUUAGAAGUACUUAAAUACAAGAAAUUAACACUUGAAUAUGAAAAAUGUAAUGAUGCAAAUAUAGUAAUGCAAUUUGAAUAGUAUUAUUAAGAAGUCAGAUCAGCUUUAAAGGAUAUAUUUUAUCCUAUGACUAUUGUCUAUACUUUAUUUAAAGCGUAAAUAUAAUUGAUAGAUUCAGGUUAAGAUGGACUAACUAUAUAUAUUGUUAGAAUGUUCUUAAGUUUAUAUUUAAUAAUAUUGUAUUUUAUUACAAGCAGAUUGAAAAAAUAUAAUAUGCAUAAUUUAGAUUUGGCUUUAACUGGCCUAUAUUAUGUGAGUGCCUUUUUAACAAUGUUUUUUGUUACUUUUAAUAAUUAAUAGAGAUUCCUUAUUUCUGAUAAUGCUGAAGCCUAUUUCUUUGCGUUUUCAGCUGUAAAUUAAUAAUCAUUAAAAUUCAAGUAUAUGUUCUUCUAUAUUUUAUUAUAAUAAGCUGCAUGGUUUGUCUAACUUCUUUUACAUGAACAUAAUAAUUUAUUAGUAUUUAUAGUGUUAUCUACAAUUAUCUUAGUAAUAGUUUCACAUAACAAUUUUGAAUUAACCAUUAAAAAUUUUAAUAGUGCUGCUAAUGAAAAUUUGAAAAAAGAACAAAGAGAUUCAUUAUUAACUAAUUUAUUACCAUCACAUAUUUUAACAAGAUUCUAUUAAAAUAGUAAAAUUAAAUUAGAAUUAUCUGAUGUUUUAAUAGAUGCAACUCUUUUAUUUGCUGAUAUAAGUGGAUUUACAGCAUAUUCAGCAAAAGUUUCAGCUGAAUAAGUCGUAAAGAUGUUAAGAGAACUUAUGACAUCAUUUGAUAAGGAAUGUUUAUAAUAGAAUGUCUAUAAGGUAUAUACUAUUGGAGAUUGUUAUGUUGUUUUGGGUAUAAAUGAUAUGGAACAAAGACAUCCUGGAUAAGAAGCAAAAAAUGUUUUAGAAAUGGGAUUAGAAAUGGUAGAAAUUAUAAAGAGAGUAAGAAAAGAGGUCAAUUUUAAAGAUUUAAAUAUGAGAAUAGGAAUACAUACAGUAAUUAAUUAUUAUUUAUUAAUUUUAGGGAUAAUUCUAUGGUGGAAUUAUAGGAACAGAUAUUGUUAGAUAUGAUAUAUUUGGUAUUGAUGCUGUGAUUGCUAAUAAAAUGGAAUCCUAAGGAGAAGCAGGGAAAGUUAUGGUAAGUGAAGACACAAGAAGAUUAAUUAAUAUACAUUUUCCUGGAGAAUAUACUUUUACUCCAAGUAAAUAAGUAGACAUUCCUGUAGCUAAAAAGAAGGUUUAACCAUAUUUUGCAACAAAAGCAGAUGUUAUAAAUCGUCAAGACAAUUCAAGAUAUAUUUGA